UAAUUCUCUUGGGAUUGUUUACAAUAUCACCGCAGUGGCGAAGCACAUACAAAACUUGUUUAAUAUCAUUGAUUACAAUGGAAGAAGAGAGUGCCCCCAAUAAUGAGAAGAAGGCAAAGAGAGGAGGUCACGAUGGAUUUAUAUCAAGUGGUGAUGAACUGGAACCAGAACAGCCAAUGGAUGUUUCUGAUGCUGUAGAACUAGUUAUUGUUGAUCCAGGUGCACUGGAUGUUGAUUUCAACCAUGGACGUAUUGCAAAAAUAGAGAAUCUUGAAGGACUUACACAAGUGGAGAAUUUAUGUUUAAGACAGAAUCUGAUCACUAAGAUUGAAGGUUUGUCCACCUUGACAACUCUAGUGGAUCUAGAUUUAUAUGAUAACCAGUUAACCAAGAUUGAAAAUCUAGACUCACUAGUUAACUUGACAAGUUUAGACCUGUCUUUUAAUCGUUUAACAAAGAUUGAGAACCUGGACAGUCUUGUAAACCUGAAAAAACUGUUUCUUAUCCACAACAAGCUUACAAAGAUAGAAAAUGUAGACCAUCUUGUCAACCUAGAAAUGUUAGAACUUGGCUCUAACAGAAUUAGGGUGAUUGAGAAUAUAUCUAACCUGACAAAUCUGACCAGUCUGUUUAUUGGGAAGAAUAAAAUCACCAAGUUAAAAGGUGUAGAAACACUCGUCAAUCUACGCACUCUGAGCAUGCAGACAAACAGAAUUGUUAAAUUAGAAGGGCUUGAUACAUUGGUGAAUCUUGACGAAUUGUACCUCGCAGAUAAUGGCAUUGAGAAAAUUGAAGGGCUGGAUAAAAAUACAAAGUUGACUACGCUUGAUUUAGCCAACAACAGAAUAUCACAGAUAGAGAAUUUGCAGCACCUGGUAGAACUACAGGAAUUCUGGUUUAAUGACAAUAAGGUGAGCUCCUGGAAGGAAAUCGACUCUCUGACACUGCUGAAAAAGCUUGAGACUGUCUACCUCGAAAGGAAUCCGAUAUAUUAUGAUGCCAGUAACCCUCUUAAAGCUGAUGCCAGUUAUAGAAGGAAAAUCAAAUUGGCGCUCCCAGAAAUCAAACAGAUAGAUGCAACAAUGGCACAGAGUAUGGUCGGCUGAACACAUUCCGGCAUUUUGAAUGAUAUUUGAGUGUUUUAAAAAUUCUCAGAGUGCUCUUAGUUUUAAUGUAGUUAUUUAUAGAUUCUUAGAAUCUUUGACCCACCAGGAACAGCAAUACUGAAAGAAGUAUAAAGUCAAAAUGUUUAUACACUACCACUUUAUUGCUUGCACACUAACAAUGUCAAACAUGCAAAGUAGAGUAUGGCAUUUCCAUAAAGAAGAGAGUUUUCAAAAUAUUCUGAUAUGCUCUAUAUGAAGUUUUAUUGUAGAAUAUAUAUUUAUUACACUGUACAGCAGGAUUUGAAUUUAAUGCUGUAUUUAACAUUUUUACUACUUGAAAGAAUAAAGCCGGAUUAGACUGAGAGCAUACUUAAUAUCUUUGGAUAAUCAGUUAAAAAUUCAUUUAGCAAAUAUCUUAUAUGUAUAGAAUUCAUCUGUAAAUGUUCGUCAUUAGGUCACCCAUUCCCAAGAUAUUUUUGUUGCUCUUUGCUGAUAUUAACUACCUUGAAGUCAUUUCCUAUCAGAACAAUGUGUGUUAUAAAGCUUGUGCUUGUGCCAUUAAAUUUUAUCUGAAAUUUACACAGUAACUUAAACAUUUGAUAAUUGCUUCAGUUGUACCUUUUUCAGACAAUUCAGUUUGAAGAACUUAUUUUUGAAUAUAGGAAUAUGAAAAAGAGGAAAAGAGACACUAAAUUGCGCAGCACAUUCACAGUUGCCUUACAAAAGCUUAAUGUAUGAUUAUUUACCUGUGUUAACUGAAGUUCAGGUUAGGUUCAUGACUUCAUCCUAAAAUUUCAUGCUUACAAGGUUUUGGAGUUAUCUUAUUGCUUUUUGUCCAUUCAUACUUUUCCUAAUUGUAUAUUCCUUUGUACAAGACGUUCUGCAAUUUUAGCUGAUAUUAUUUUACUGACCUUGCCAUAAAAUUGGAUGAGAGGAAAGGGUUUAUACUUUAACGUUUUGAAACUACAAAUGUAAAUGUAAGUUUAUUUAUUCUUGUAAGAAAAUGUAUGGGUAUGAAAUAAAACGAUACAUAUGUGCCAAAUUCCUUUUUUACUGCUUUUGUCAGGGGACAUGUCAAAUAGAACAAUUUCUUCAUAACAAGACUUAAGAAUUUCAGUAUUAUUUUUGCAGUUUUUUAUGUGUCAACAUACAUUGUUUAAAUGUGAUACUUAUCAAACAUGUAAAGAUACAUGGAUUCGAAGGCAUGAAUUGAAUUCAGUAAUACUUUAUACUCUUACUGAAUGGUAUGCUGAUCUGUAGCCAGGCAAUAAGUGCUUUAUUACAUGCCAUCAAAAUAGGUUUUCACAGAUUGUUUUUUUUUUUAACUUUCCACUUUCGCCUGGCAGACACAUGUUGAAUAUAGUAGAUAUAAACUGUAGAUCUGCAAUUUACAUAAGGAGUGAAAUAAAUUAUUAACAUGGACCUUAAUUUUAUACUUUACAUAAAUCAUAAAAAGAUGGACUAUUAUUGUGUCAUAUCCUUUCUGAUGGUAAUUUAACAAGUUAAAACUAAAUUAUUAAUAACGAAUCAUUUUCACAUGGUUUGUGAGAUAUGUAUUUGUUUUAAGAAAUCAAAGAAGAUGGAUGAUCUGUGAGAUUAUAUGAUAAUCAGAGAACAAAUAUCUACAUAAACUAACAGAAAGAUUCUUAUAAAUGCCUUUGUUUUAUAAUUCUUCUAAAAAGGUUGAGUAUUUACAUGUUGAAAACAUUUUUAGGCAUGUUAUUACAUAGAAGUUUCUCGAUAUAUAUUUAGAAAAGAUAUAAUCUUUAUCAUUAUUAAAGUGUCUUAUCCUGAGUUUGGUAAUUUUUAUGCCCCCGAAGGGAAGCAUAUAGUUUUUGAACCGUCUGUCCGUCUGUCGGUCUGUCAGUCUGUCGGUCUGUCAGUCUGUCCGCAAUUUUCGUGUCCGGUCCAUAUCUUUGUCAUCGAUGGAUGGAUUUUCAAAUAACUUGGCAUGAAUGUGUACCACAGUAAGACGACUUGUCGCGCGCAAGACCCAGGUCCGUAGCUCAAAGGGCAAGGUCACACUUAGACAUUAAAGGACAGUGCAUUGAUGGGCGUGUCCGGUCCAUAUCUUUGUCAUCGAUGGAUGGAUUUUCAAAUAACUUGGCAUGAAUGUGUACCACAGUAAGACGACGUGUCGCGCGCAAGACCCAGGUCUGUAGCUCAAAGGUCAAGGUCACACUUAGACAUUAAAGGAUAGUGCAUUGAUGGGCGUGUCCGGUCCAUAUCUUUGUCAUCGAUGGAUGGAUUUUCAAAUAACUUGGCAUGAAUGUGUACCACAGUAAGACGAUGUGUCGCGCGCAAGACCCAGGUCCGUAGCUCAAAGGUCAAGGUCACACUUAGACAUAAAAGGAUAGUGCAUUGAUGGGCGUGUCCGGUCCAUAUCUUUGUCAACCAUGGAUGGAUUUUCAAAUAACUUGGCAUGAAUGUGUACCACAGUAAGACGACGUGUCGCGCGCAAGACCCAGGUCCGUAGCUCAAAGGUCAAGGUCACACUUAGACGUUAAAGGUCAUUUUUCAUGAUAGUGCAUUGAUGGGCGUGUCCGGUCCAUAUCUUUGUCAUUCAUGCAUGGAUUUUAAAAUAACUACGCAUGAAUGUGUGGCACAGUAAGACGACGUGUCGCGCGCAAGACCCAGCUCCGUAGGUCGAAGGUCCUAAACUCUAACAUCGGCCAUAACUACUCAUUCAAAGUGCCAUCGGGGGCAUAUGUCAUCCUAUGGAGACAGCUCUUGUAUUUUCCUUCGCUUCAUAUCUAUUUUCUUAAGAAAGGAAAUAAUGAAAUAAUAUUUUUAAGUGUACAUGAAAACUGGUGAGUUGAUAUUUAUGAGGUCUCUUUGGCCAGAUGGUUAACGUCUCUGACUUGACCUUCACCUAAGGGUUAGGGUCCUACUCAAGCUGUCAUUGGAGGAAGCCGCUCAGCUGGCUUGCAGAAGAUCAGUGGUUCUACCGAGUUUCUUGCCCAAGCCUGAAAACUGCCUUGAGGGUACUGCAGUGUGUUGUUCUGACUUAAACCCAACAAAAUAAGCAAACGUUUAAUCAAGAUGAUUUCAUUUUUACCAAAAAGGUGAAAAAGUCACGUUGAAAGUAAUGGCAAACAUCUCUUAACUGAAGUUCACGACUGUGUAUUAUGAAAUUGUUUUCAAAUUAGAACUUGUCACAUUGCUGCAGUGUGAAAGCUAAGGCCAGUAUGUGAAAUGAGAACUGCCAUUACCUGUUGGCUUCAAUAUUUAGUCUAGAUCUUGUUGUAACUGGAAAUAUGAGUGGAAAAAGUGCUAUAUGCAGGUUAGUUUUAUUAACCGCAUGUUGCAGUUUUAUUAUUGUAUGAUUAACAGUAUAUAGCCAAAUAAAUGUUUAGGAAUUUA